AUGAAGCGCAAGCGCCAAGCAAGCGAGACCGGCGCCGAGGUCAUUGUCCGGGCCCUCCUCACGCAGGCGCUCGAGACGCUCGCCAGCAUCACGCCUGGCCUGGACGCAUCGGCCUUUCUUCCGCUCCGUGUCCUCAGCGCCAAGGGCCGCGACCUGCUGCCGACCGACGAUAGCACCGUGGGCACGACGCAGUAUUCGAGCGAUGUUGCUGUGCGCCUCUUCUAUGCCAAAGUGUUAGCGCCGGCGUUGACGCUGUCCGAUGUCGCCGAUCUCGUGCGCUCAACAGCGAUGGUGCUGCUGGAAGGCCAGGCGUCCGACGUCGUGGCGCUCCGUGUUGACCCAGCGACGUCGCGCCUCGUGUUCUUUACACGGCAAGCGCAGCCGUCCGUAUUGGAUGUCGAGCUGGACCCGAGCAUUCGCGUGCUGCACGCGGACGCAGCGAUCCUCGUGGUCGACAAACCGCCGAACGUCUGCUCCGUCGACGGCGUCGACCACCCGACGUCGAUCCACUCGCUCCUCAAGCGCAAAUAUCCGCAGGUGCGCAUGGUGCACCGACUUGACUACGAGACGUCGGGGCUGCUCGUCGUCGCCCUCACGCGCGAGGCCGCGGUGCACCUCAACCGCCAAUUCCGCGAGAAAACCGUGCAGAAGCAGUACCAUGCGCUGAUCCACGGCGCCUUGGACCCGGUUUCCGGCGACAUCCACGCGCGUCUGGGGCCGGACCCGACCCACCGCAUCAAGCAGGUGGUCGCGGACGAUGGCAAGGCCGCGGAAACGCACUACGAGCAGCUCUUUUCGUCCUCCGACACGUCACUCGUGCAGCUCAACCCUGUCACGGGCCGGACGCACCAGCUGCGCGUGCACCUCUGGAGCCGCGGGUGCCCGAUCGUUGGCGACUCGCUCUACCACCUGGACGCAAACGGCGAGGACAAGCCGAUUGGCCGCCUCCACCUGCACGCGUCGACGAUCACACUGCAGCACCCCGCGUCCGGUGAGCGCGUCACGUACACGAGUCCUUGCCCGUUCGCGUGA